UAUAUAAACACCUGAAGUCCUAAACAGCCUAGCAAGAGUCAAACUACAGAGAGCAGGAUACGGGCGUCUUCAGACGAAGACGAUGAGAGGAGCAAUGGCCAUGUCCAUCCUUCUCUUGCUCGUCGUCCUCUCUUCCUUCUCCACAGCCUCUGCCUCCACCAAAGCACGCCAGGUGUACGUGGUGUACCUGGGCGAGCACGCCGGAGACAAGGGAGAGGAAGAAAUCCUCGCCGGCCACCAUGGCCUCCUCCUCUCCGUCAAGGGCAGUGAGGAGGAGGCACGGGCGUCGCUAUUGUACAGCUACAAGCACAGCCUGAAUGGCUUCGCGGCUCUUCUCUCCGAGGAAGAGGCCACAGAGCUGUCAGCAAGAACAGAGGUGGUGUCUACUUUCCCGAGCCAGGGCAUGUGGAGCCCUCACACCACGAGAUCUUGGGAGUUUCUGGGCUUGGAAGAAGGGGUGCGAUUCCCGGACAGCAGCGGCCGGCUGCCGCCCGGCGCCAAAGCCGGCGGCGAGGAUGUCAUCGUCGGCGUGUUGGACUCCGGGAUUUGGCCGGAGUCAAGGAGCUUCGUCGACGAAGGGUUAGGGCCAGUGCCGGCUCGGUGGAAAGGGGUGUGCCAAGGAGGAGAUUCUUUCUCUCCCUCGUCCUGCAACAGGAAAAUCAUCGGCGCCAGGUACUACGUCAAGGCGUACGAGGCCAGGUACGGCGCGGUGAACACCACGAACGCGUACCGCUCGCCGCGCGACCACGACGGCCACGGCACGCACACGGCGUCCACCGUCGCCGGCCGCACGGUGCCGGGCGUGGCGGCGCUGGGCGGGUUCGCGCCGGGGACGGCCUCGGGCGGGGCGCCGCUGGCCCGCGUCGCCGUCUACAAGGUGUGCUGGCCCAUCCCGGGGCCCAACCCGAACAUCGAGAACACCUGCUUCGAGGCCGACAUGCUCGCCGCCAUCGACGACGCGGUCGGCGACGGCGUCGACGUGAUGAGCGUCUCCAUCGGGUCCACCGGGAAGCCGCUCGCGUUCGCGGACGACGGCAUAGCGGUGGGCGCGCUGCACGCCGCGAUGCGCGGCGUCGUGUUCGUGUGCAGCGGCGGCAACUCCGGCCCCAAGCCGGCCACCGUGUCGAACCUCGCGCCGUGGAUGCUCACGGUCGCCGCGAGCAGCAUCGACCGCGCUUUCAUCUCGCCCAUCAAGCUCGGCAACGGCAUGGUGAUCAUGGGUCAAACUGUGACGCCAUACCAGCUGCCGGGCAACAAGGCGUAUCCUUUGGUAUACGCAGCGAACGCCGUUGUCCCUGGAACUCCCGCUAACGUUUCAAACCAAUGCCUGCCGAAAUCGCUGGCGCCGGAGAAGGUGCGGGGCAAGAUCGUCGUGUGCUUGAGGGGGACUGGCCUGAGGGUGGAGAAGGGCCUCGAGGUGAAGCAAGCUGGCGGCGCGGCCAUUAUCCUCGGCAACCCGCCGGCGUUCGGAGGCGAGGUCCCCGUCGACGCGCACGUGCUCCCGGGCACCGCUGUCUCCACGGUCGACAUCAACGCCAUCCUCGGCUACAUCAACUCCAGCUCGAACCCGACAGCGGUGCUGGAUCCCUCGAGGACCGUCGUGGACGUCAAGCCGUCGCCGGUGAUGGCGCAGUUCUCGUCGCGUGGCCCCAACGUCAACGAGCCUAACAUUCUCAAGCCGGACGUCACGGCGCCGGGGCUGAACAUCCUGGCGGCGUGGAGCGAGGCAUCGUCGCCGACGAAGCUCGGCGGCGACAACCGCGUCGUCAAGUACAACAUCAUGUCGGGGACGUCCAUGUCGUGCCCGCACGUCUCCGCCACCGCCGUCCUCCUCAAGUCCGCCCACCCUGACUGGAGCUCCGCCGCCAUCCGAUCGGCCAUCAUGACCACCGCCACAACGAGCAACGCUGAGGGCGGCCCAAUGAUGGACGCGGACGGGACGGUCGCGGGGCCCAUGGACUACGGGUCGGGCCACAUCAGGCCCGUGCACGCGCUGGACCCGGGCCUCGUCUACGACGCGUCGUACCAGGACUACCUCCUCUUCGCGUGCGCCAGCGGCGGCGCGCAGCUCGACCACUCCCUGCCCUGCCCGGCGACCCCGCCGCCGCCGUACCAGCUGAACCACCCCUCGCUGGCCAUCCACGGACUCAACGGCUCCGUCACCGUGGAGCGGGCGGUGACCAACGUCGGCGGCCAGGGCAACGUCCGGUACACCGUCGCCGUGGUCGAGCCCAUGGGCGUCUCGGUGAAGGUGUCGCCGAGGAAUCUCAGCUUCACGCGAACCGGCGAGAAGAAGUCGUUCAGGAUAAAGAUCGAGCCCAAAGGGAGAGGCAGUUGGCGCGUAAACGGGCAGUUUGUGGCGGGGUCGUAUACGUGGAGCGACGGUGUCCAUGUCGUGAGGAGCCCUAUUGCCGUUCUUGUCGCGUGACCAUUCUUAGGGUUACAGAUUGAUUGCUCUUUACUGCUCACGAUGCAUCGCUUGAAAGAAGCGAAAUGCAACCGAAAGCCUGGAACCAUGCUUGUGGCAGAUAAAUUCAGCAAAAAGAAAGCAAUCACCACUUGAAACACAUUCUUCC